UACCCCUCUAACAAAAAUAACUAAAUCUAUCGAGCACCUCAACGUACAUUUCACCUUCUCUAUAAGAUGAAGGUGAUGAAAAUCUUAAUAUCCCUCGCCGUCACUAUGGCGCUCGCCAUAACUAUCAUCACCACCAUCACCACCACCACUACUACUGAGAUUACGGGGUCCAAAAAAGCACCAAUUCCCACAUUGCCCCCGUUGAAGAAAAAAUUAGUAGCAAGUCGAUUUCUCGCGGAACAAGUGAAGCCGAAAAACCCUAGAGCGGCCGAUCACUGCCACAAGGAUAACGAAAUAUGUACCGCUCUUGAAAUUGGCGGCAAAAACACAACAUGUUGCAACAAUAAAUGUAUCAAUUUAUCGUAUGAUGAUCAUAAUUGCGGUGCGUGCAAGAAGAAAUGUCCGUUUACGGAGACUUGUUGUAGGGGUGAAUGUGUAAAUUUGUCUUUUGAUAAAAGGCAUUGUGGAUAUUGCAACAACAGGUGCAUGACUGGUGGAUAUUGUUUUUAUGGAAUUUGUGAUUACGCCUAAUAUAUAAGGUUUGGCAAUUUAAUGAUUUUUAUAAUUUAAAGUAUUAUUAUUGUUUAUGUUGAAAAUAAACAACCACAUUUGAGAUAUUUAGUGGUUGACAUCCCUCAAGAACAUCAUUUAUACAUUAAUAAUGAUUUAUCAUUCAAAUAUUGAUGUAAUAAUUUCAAGCAUAAGAGUGUGUAUACUCAUGAUAAUUGUUUGUUUUUGUUAACAAUUUUUUUGUGCAAUUUGAGUCAAUUUUGUGCAAUUUUCGAACAUGUAGUGUUGGUGUUAUAUUCUUUGUAA